AUGUUACCCCCCCCGAAGGAGAAGCUCACCCUCGAUAACCCCUUAUCCGAGGAGAUCACAAAGUAUCAGAUUCCGAAAAAUUUUGCACUGCCCUCCGCACUUGAACCCUACAAGGGGUUCAGAGAUCCCCGAGCUCACGUGAAGAAGUUCCAAUCCAUGAUGUUCUUCAACGGCCCCAACAAUGAGCCCGUCCUCUGCCUAGCGUUCCCCACUUGUCUCGAUGGUGCUGCGCUACUCUGGUUCUCUAAGUUGUCUGCAGGUUCAAUCUCCUCCUUCGAGGACCUGGCAAGGUCGUUCAUUGAUUACUUCGCUGCUUCAAGAAUAUAUGUACACGGAUCGGAUUACCUCGGCACCAUCAAGCAAGGCCAGCAUGAGAGCUUAAAAGACUACAUGACCAGGUUCGUCGAGGCCACGAUGGAGAUCCAAGACUUGGACCCAACUGUCCACUUGCAUGCCCUUAAAGCUGGUCUCAGACCUGGCAAGUUUCGGGAGACCAUAGCGAUAACAAAACUAAAAACGUUAGAGGAGUUCCAAGAAAGAGCUGCAGGCCAAAUAGAGAUAGAAGAGCUCCGUGAGGACCAAAAAUCGUACAAACAACCACAUCGGAGAGAUGAAGAAAAAGCUUUUAGAUCACCAGGAAACAAGGACACAAAGAAGCCUUUCAAACUCACACCAAAAUACAACACAUAUACCAGGUUCAAUACAAAGAGAGAGAACAUCAUCAAGGAAAUUCUCAACGCCAAAAUCGUGAAGUCGCCAGCCCGAGCAGGGAACUACCAGGAUCAAAGGUUCGUGGACAGGAGCAAGCAUUGCGCCUUACACCAGAAGUUCGGCCACACCACCGACGAUUGCAUCGUCGCAAAAGACCUCCUAGAGAGACUGGCGCGUCAAGGGCUUCUAGACAAAUAUGUUGAAAUCCGGAACGCCAGAAGAACAAACUCAGACAGGGAGGAGAGCAAACAAACAGUGACAGACAAAAAAGAACAGACAACUGAUCCACCAAGGGGAAUCAUUAGCCACAUAUCAGAAGGGUUUGCAGGUGGAGGUGAAACGAGCUCGGCCAGAAAGCGAAGCUACCCUACUGCCAAAGAAGGACAAGGACCCAGACGUCACGAUAUCCUUCAACCAAGCAGACUUUAG